GCUGAAGAAUGUUCUCUAGUUGACUGGAUUCUUGUGGAUAGUGCAAAGGGUGGCAGUGGUAAAGGGUUUAAUUGGACGCAAUUUAAACUACCAACAAUUAGAAGCAGACAUGGUUGGCUCUUGGCUGGAGGGAUGAAGCCUGAGAAUGUUUGUGAAGCUGUUUCUCUUCUCAAACCUCAUGGAGUUGAUGUUAGUAGUGGCAUUUGUACCUCAGAUGGCAUCCAGAAGGAUCAAUCCCGAAUAUCUUCAUUUAUGAACGCAGUGCAAUCCAUGCAGUAUUGAUCCCUUGAGAGGAAUUUAUACUGAAAAGGGAAGUUUUCAAGACUGGUGAGAGCUUGUUGUAAUGAGGCUAAUCUAGCCUUUUGAUUUUGACAUGUUAAGGAAGCUUUUUGCAUCCUAUUGAACUUGAUCCGAUAAAAAAAAUCUAGCACAUGGUAACAAGUCUUUCAUCUCAUUAAACUUACUUCAAAAGCCAAGUAGAACAUUUGAAUUCUCUGUCUAAUUCAAUUAUAGUUCUUAUUAGUACUUGGAUCUACACACUUUUGGUACACAUUGCUAGUUAACUGUAGUUUGAAUUCUUGUUAGAAGUUACUUGACAAGUUGACAGCGGCAUAUUUUCUCCUUUACCUUAGCACUUAUCUCUCAUAUCUCAAU